GUAUUUUUUUUUGAAAAAAUUCAUUAUUAUUUGAAAUUUAACAUUGUUUUUUUAAAGUGCCGUCCCAGUCUGCAAUGUGCCCCAACAGAUUUUUUGUAGUUCGGCCACCACUGGUACCGGCCCGGUUUCAGCACUGAUCGGGCGUCUGCUAAAAUUUUCUCGCCUAAAAUUCACGAUUCCGAUCAUCAAGGGAAGCCAUGGAUAAGCUCUAUCUCCUCCUAAUUUUCGUCGCGGUGCACGUUAAGCUUGCUGCAGUCUUCUCGGAACCGACAAUUGCAGCCUACCCUCCUCCAUACGGACUCGACACCGCCGCUAACUCGGCCAGCUUCCACUCUUCGCCGGCCGAUAAUCUCGUCCCCGUUCGCCGUGAAGUCUACGGAGAUGGUCGGAUAUUCGACAUCACACACACUCUGCGCCCUGAAAUGCCGUCCUGGGGAUCCGAAGAGGGACUCGGUCAGUUCCUGUGGCUCCCGCAGAGUAUGAAGAACGGUUCCCUGGCCAACAACUCCGAGAUGAAGCUUCCCACUCACACUGGGACUCAUAUUGAUUCACCUGGCCAUGUUUAUGAUCACUAUUUGGAUGCGGGCUUCGACGUAGACACUCUCGACCUUGAAGUUCUCAACGGUCCUGCACUGGUAAUUGACGUUCCGAGGGACAACAACAUAACUGCUGAAGUAAUGAAGUCCUUAAAAAUACCAAGAGGAGUGAAGCGAGUACUUUUUAGAACCCUGAACACAGACAGGCGUCUUAUGUGGAAGAAAGCAUUUGACACAAGCUAUGUGGGAUUCAUGAAGGAUGGAGCACAGUGGCUUGUGGACAACACGGACAUUAAACUUGUUGGAAUUGAUUACUUAUCUGUUGCUGCAUAUGAUGACCUGAUUCCUUCCCAUCUUGUUUUCCUCAAAGACAGGGAAAUUAUUCUGGUGGAAGCCCUGAAACUCGAUGAUAUUGAACUCGGGGUGUAUAAUGUCCAUUGCUUACCAUUGAGGAUGCUUGGUGCUGAGGGAUCACCUAUAAGAUGCAUUCUCAUAAAGUGAAAUCACUUACUCUCAACUCUUACUCUUGUAAGUCGCACCUCCUUUGCGUUCUCAUCACUUUUUUAGUUGCUCAACCCUCCUUUCUCAUUCACAAUGUAUUCUUGCGCCCUUCACACCCAGUGAGGGCAUAAAACUUUAAGGUGUGCCAGUACAGUUGAGGGUGCUUGUGUAGAUGACAAGUUUGACCUCUUUUGGAACAGAUGGAGCAUAUAACUUAAUAUGACGACACAUAUUUAUUUGUAUACAUAAAAAUUUAAGUAUACG